AUGUCAGAGAGUGGAUCCAGUGAUCACGCUCGGGACUUUGUCUUGCUCGAACGCAAUGGUGAUUCGCAGGACCCAGACCUGAAAAGGAUAAAGAUUUGGUUGAAGCCAACGGAUUCAGACUCUCCUGCUAGUGAAUACAGAAAACAUCUCCACUCCCAUGCCGCAGGAACGGGCGAAUGGAUUUUCGAGACUGAGCAGUAUCGCGAUUGGAGCCAGUCAGACUCGGUCGGUAAUCUUUGGAUCAGGGGAAUUCCUGGCUGCGGCAAGUCUGUCGUCGCUGCCACCUUGACGAGCCGUCUUCAACGCCUUGAAAGCCCUCCAGUCCCUGUCUUGUUCUUCUUUUUCAGAGAAAUCAUUCAAACCAAUCGGUCUCCACAGUCGCUAGUGCAGGACUUUUGCCACAAACUCAUUGAUCACUCCCCGUUACUACAAGCAACUUUGAAGAAAUUGCGAGAAGACUUCCCAGAUGAGCUUCCAUUUGACAAACUAUGGGAGGCAUUAUCAACAGCCAUGCGGGCGAUGGAGAAGAUAUACUGCGUGGUUGAUGCAUUGGAUGAGAUGGAACUUGGGCACGACCAAUGGCUUGAGAAUUUCCUCAACUUGGGUCGCCAGUUCCCUCGAUCAAUCAAAACCACCGUCACCAGUCGGCAGGUUCCUCACGUGGAGAAGCAUAUGUUCAAAACCCAGCUCGUUGAUCUGCGUCUUGAUCGUCGACGAUUAGAUCGUGAUAUCUCGAUAUACGUCUCGAAGCGUUUGGAAAAUUCGGAAUUGGACCUUUCUCCGAGCGACGCUGAGAUGAUAAGGACUGCGAUUUGCGAGAGAGGAAAUGGCCUCUUUUUGUAUGCAAGGCUCAUGCUCGAUGAACUGCUGCGGAAUCCAGAGGACCUCCAAUCGCGUGUCCAUAACCUUCCUCACGGAUUAGGUGAUAUGUAUAGCGAUAUCCUAUGCGAGCAUGCUGCAAGCUCAGGAAUAUCCAGUGACUUGCAGAGACUGAUCCUGGAAUGGAUCACUCAUUCAGCAAGGCCACUUCGCCUUCUAGAGCUUGCAGCCAUGAUUGAGUCCUCGCCCGAACGCAUCUAUUUCGGCUCGGAUGUGAAACUUGCAAUCAAGACUUCCUGUGGACCACUUCUCGAAAUUUGCGAAGAUGGAGUCAUUCAGAUUAUCCACCACUCACUCACAGAGUUCAUUCUCAAUCGAGACGUGGAGCACAUCGUGAUGAACAACCAAAACAGGGAAUUUGCGGUAGUUGAUUCCCAAGCCGUCCACAGGAAGAUUGCACACACAUGCAUCGACUACCUCACUAGUGGGCGCUUCCAGAAGUGGGAGCCCACCGAAUAUCGAAUCCACGAGCCACAAGAACGCCAGUCGCUCUUCUUGCAAUUUUACUUUCUUCGAUAUGCUACUUUGGAGUGGCCAUUCCAUGCGGCCAAAGCGGGAGAUGACAUGGAACUCCUGGCAAAACUUGGUGACUUCUGUCAAGACGGUAAUCAUGACUAUGAAUCGUGGAAUGACAUAUGGCGUGCCGGCCAAGGAGAAGACGUCCCUCGCCGCUGCUCGCCUCUCCAUGUUGCUGCCUACACCGGGCUUUCCAACUUGGCUCAAUACCUUCUGUCUCAAGGGGCAGAUCCAGAUUCAAAGGAUGAUGACGGUCGCACGCCCAUGAUGUAUGCUGUGAUGAAGAACCACGACAAGGUUGUAAGCAUUUUGUUACAGAAUAACGCUAGUCGCGACGAGGUCGUUAUGGACGCAUAUGGCAUUAGGAAGCACUCCUUACUUUACUAUGCGUGCAAGCUGAACCAUACCCCAGUCGUACGGGCCCUGAUCAGUGGGGGCGUGGAUCCAAUGGCAACAGAUAAUCAAUUUAGAUCCUCAGGGACUACCUUUUGUGACAUUGUUGAGAAGGACUUGGCCUAUGGCGUGCGGUUUCAAAUCUCGGCUCUUGGGUGUGCCUGUCAAAACGGACAUGUUGAAGCAGUCCGUGAGCUGAUGAAGCACGUCAGUCCAGUCGACCUUUGUGCAGGCAAUCUUCACUUGGCUGCCAGAUCAGGUAAAGCUGAAACUGUUGCAGCUUUACUGGAAAAUGAGCAUGUUCGAUUGACCAUUAAUGAUCGCGACUCGGAUGGUAACACACCACUGUAUCUGGCAGCUUGCAUACGCAGUGCUUCAACGAUCCAAGUUUUGCUUGACCAUGGUGCCGAUAUCACAGUUCGAUCUCUGAACCGCAAUAGCCCUCCGGAGCCGCCAAUGGGCAUGGAUCCUCGAUUCAACUUUGAAGCUUCCCCAAGCUAUACACCGCUGCAUGGUUGGGCUAUCGGCUUUCCACGAGAUCAAUCUGAAUUUCUUGAAGGGCAAGACAUGGUGCCUGCCUUGGAUUUAUUACUACAGGCAGGUUGCGAUAUCAAUGCUAAGGACUAUAGGGGACGCACUACUCUCUUCAAGUGGCCUCAUCCGCACUGGGCAGACAUGUUUGCCGAGGAAUUUAUUGCCACUCUCCUUGACCGUGGCGCUGAUGCGACUGUGGUCGAUGACGAGGGACAGACCCCUCUUCACAGUCUACAUGAGAGGCCUUUUGAAAAAGCAGUCAAACUGCUUGUCAAUGCUGGGGUUGAUAUCAAUGCCCAACGAAAGAAGGAUGGGUUGACAGUCUUGAUGUGCACUGCUCUGAUGCAGAACCAUACCAACCCAACUGUGUUCCACGAAUUGAAAGCAGAUUUUGACCUUCAAGAUUGGGAAGGAAAUACAGCUUUCCACCACUAUUUUAGAAGGAGUCCAGCUGGAAAUGACUGCCACCUUGAUACCUGGCUAUCUUUCUCAAAUUUACAGAGGCAAAAUGACCUUGGAAGAACGCCAUUGCACGAGUACAUGUAUCGGCAGGGUGGGUGCGUGGACAUGGAGGGAAAGCAGCUCCAGCCAUUGUUGGAAAUGGUCAAACGUGGUGUUUCACUGGAAACCAAGGAUGGGCUUGGACGCACAGCACUGCUUAUCGCACUGAUGGGCACAGGGGGCGUUUCCUUACAAUUUGUCGAAGAAUUGCUCAGGCUCGGAGCAAACGUUCAAGCAAUAGACUAUCAAGGGAAGUCCGCUCUCCAUUAUGCUUUCAAACCACUUCGGAAGCAUUACGUCUCGAAAGAUGAAACCCUCGACGUAAUCCGGUGCCUUAUCAAAGCAGGUGCAAAUGUCCAUGCAGUCGACCACGAGGGAAACACUGUGUUUCACGACAUGGUCGGCCAUGAACCGACCACUUCGUACGAUAAUUGGUUCUGCAUCGAGGAGCCCGCCCGCGCGGCGAUCGAGAUAGGUGUACCUUUUCAACAGGCUAACUACAGAGGCAGAAACGCUUUGCAUGUUGCAGCAGCCAUGGGAAAUGACCAUGGAUACUAUGUCACGAAAAAGGUCAUGACCCGUUUGGAAUUCCUUCUUCAGCCAAACAUGCCCUUCGACGUGAAUGCCAGAGAUAACGACGAAGUCACUCCAUUGCAUCUCGCGUCUGCUGUGUCGGACACCAACUCUCUGAUUUUGAUCGAGAAUGGUGCUGACGUCCAGAUCAAAGACCGUCUUGGUCGCACUCCUCUUCAUUUCGCUGCCAGGGCUGGACAAAGCAACGUCGUCGGCCUGCUGGCAGAAAUUUAUCGUCAGCGGUCAAUUGACAUUGAUCAGCGAUGCAGCGAGAAAAGAUCUGCUUUGCACCAAGCUGCACGAUCGGGCAACUCAGAGGCCGUUCGAAUUCUUCUCCAGGCCGGGGCCAAUGCCUCCCUAGCAGAUCGGCUGGGCCGGACGCCAUUGCAUGCUGCUGCUGAAUUUGAAGUCAUAACACGUGCCCAGAGAAUACAGAUUCAAAUCGAGUCGACGCCAUCUGCUCCUGCACCUCGCAAGGGAUUUUCCAGAACCAAACCAAGCGAUGCUUUCUCGCGUAUGCAACUUAUUGUAUUGGAUGAGGACGGUGCUAGAUGCAUUCAAGAGGUCAUCAGAUUGCUUCUAGCUGCCGAUGCAAAUCCUAGCCAAGUCGAUGCGAAUGGUCAUCGGCCCUUGGAUGUGGCGGUGAUGCUUGGCUGUUCACCAGCUGUUGAUGAAUUGAAAUUAUCCAUGGAUGAUCUCCAAUCGCGGUCUCUGGACCCAAUUGGCGAGUCACUUUUGACAGUUACUGAAUCCAGGGUCCGAAAUCUCGUUGAGUCAACCCAAGUCCCCGAAGAUUGUACACGAUUCUUCGAGCGGGUUUUCUCAACGGGCAACGAGCGUUUGGCCGAGGCGUUUGUUCGGAACCAGCCGAUGAAGAUGGACAGCGGAGAAAAAUCUCCUUUGUGUCUUCUUGCCCGCUGGGGCUUCACUUCCAUGAUGAAGAGACUGCUUCCCUGUGUUGAGGAUCUAGGAGGCUUGGUACCUUCUCUUCUGAAACACGCCGCGAAGCGGUCUCUUUCCAACCUCGCGAUGCUCAGCCUUCUUGUCAAAUACCUACCUCAGAACGACACAAAAGUACUGAGUACUCUGCUCGGCGAAUUCUCUGGUGGCCUGCGGUGGUGGCAUCCUCGUGCUCUGUCUCUCCUUCUGGAAGCUGGCGCCGAUCCAAAUGUGUCUCUUAAAGAUGGGCUCAAUCCACUCUUAAUUUCUCUGUCUCCUCAUCGAGAAAAAGAUGAGGGGAAUCGCCGCUACAAGUGGAGCAACGAGAUCAUUGAUAUCCUUCUCAAGCACGGCGCAGACCCUGAUGUUGUUCCGGAGAAAGGCUGGUUGACACCUAUGGCCGCCGCCAUCCGUGGUAGAUGUAGCGUGGAGACCAUCCAGCUACUUAUCAGCCAUGGUGCCAAAGUUAAUGUUGAGAGUCAUUGCUUGGUAAAUACGGCCAUCGAUGUGCAUAGUUACGAUGCUCUUGAGGUGCUCUUGAAAGCCGGAGCAAACCCCAAUGGUAAUAGCCGUCGAAUCCCCCUUGUGAACGCCGCAGGAUGGUUGGACAAGGGCGAAGCAGCGAUGUGCCUUCUCCUUCAGUAUGGUGCAGAUCCUCUUCAUCCAACGGAGGAUGGAUCCUCGACUGCUUUCCAUGAACUGUGUCGUGACAAUCGUCCCAUUCAGCUCAUCUUGGAAACGAGUGUAGAUCUCAACGUCGCUGAUGGUUCAGGAUACACACCUCUUAUCAGAGCCACCAACACUUACUGGUGGACGAAGACUCACCUGGCAGCAAUGGACUUGAUCGAAGCUGGUGCGGAUGUUCACGCUGUCGAUCACACUGGGUCUUCUGCGCUGCACUAUGCCGCAAGUUUGGGAAACCUCGAGGUUUUUCAAGCCCUUUUAAACAAAUCAGUUCCUCUAUCUGCACGCAACAACGAAGGAUUCACUCCUCUGACGACUGCUCUAAAUAGCUAUUCAGCCCCAGAAUUGUCAUAUAGAAAGGAAGUCUGUACAAUGAUUAAUUUCCUUCUGGAUCAAGGUGCAGAUCCAUUGAGCACUCUCCCAGACGGACGAACAGCCCUCCACUGCAUCGCCGGAAUGCUCAUGAAUUACAGUAAUGUGAACCCGCAGAAACAAAUUGAAUGGGACGAGGGCGAAGACCACUUCACCUCUACAUAUCAGCUUUAUCAACGGUUCCUCGAUGCAGGGUGUGACCGCGAGGCAAGAGACAAUGAGGGCAACACGCCGAUAUUCUUUUAUGCGACAGGCCCCAAGUCUGAUAUACGCUCGAAUGAACCUCCGGCACGUCCGUCAAACCCCGAAGACUAUAAGGAGAUGUUCUCGGAGCAUGAUGUUCACAAAGUCAACUAUAAUGGAGACUCGCUGUUGCAUGCUAUCGCACUGAGAGAGGAGUGGAUCUGCGAUGCAGAUGAGGCUGAAGGAUUGUUUUCGACCCUUGUUGAGUUGGGACUGAGUCCUUGGAAAGAGAAUAACAGUGGACAGACGGCCUUGGAUAUCGCUGCUGCUCAUGAAAAGCAGGAGAUUCUUGCUUUAUUUGCUCGAGAUGAUUGA